CCCGCCUCUGCCGCCAUCCCCACCCCCCAACCCCCCGCAGCAGCAGCACCACCACCACCAGCAGCAGCAGCAGCAGCAGCAGCAGCAGCAGCAGCAGCAGCAGCGGGAGGGGCCCGGGUGUGUGGUGCAGGACCUGUCGGAGCUGGACCGGCUGCUGAAGGAACUGGGGAUGACCUUCUACCUGGAGCAGUCGCGAGACAUGACAAUGCUGAUGCCAGUUAAUGCUGCUUUUGCUGCUGCUGCUGCAGCAGGAGUGGACUUGCACAGACUGUCUUGGCAGGCCAAGUGGCGGAUUCUGCAGUUCCACAUAAUUCCCAACCAAGUCGUGGACUUGGCCGACGCGCUGCGGGCCCAGCAGCAGCAGCAGUUCGACACUUGGGAGGGGUCCCCGCUGCUGAUCGGCAGGCGCAGCAGCAGCAGCAGCAGCAGCAGCAGCAGCAGCAGCAGCAGCAGCGGCGAAGGGGAGGCCGAGGGGGAGGCGCCCGAGUACGUCGUCAACGGGGAAGCAAAGGUCAUUUCAAAACCACCCAAAAUCGAAACUUUCAACGGCGCUUCUUACAAAAUCAACAAAGUGCUGCUGCCUCCCACAAUGACUGCGGAGGACUUAAAGCCUGCGAAGCAGGAGCAGCGCAUUCACCCCGAAGUCACCGAACGGCUGCGGCGGAGGGGCCCCCCGGAGGGGCCCCCCAGCCCCGAGGAGGAGCAGCAGUUUGCUUCAGUGGACGGCACUGUUGAGAUGCACAGACCCGCCACAGACCCCAGGCUCCCCGGGAGCUUCCGCCCGGACCCGCUGCUGCAGCGCAGCCAAGUGACCCCGCAGUUCGUGCGGGGCAUUAACAGCCAACACGCCCGCUGGGACGACUCGGUGUACCACCGCACGCCCAAGACCCGCACUGCUGAGGAGCGGAGGCCGCAAGGUGACUGCAGCAGCAGCAGCAGCAGCAGCAGCAGCAGCAGCAGCAGCAGCAGCAGCAGCGGUAGCGGCAGCGCAGCGGCAGCGGGGGCGGAGGCAGGAACUGAGCUGCGGCGGCAGCAGCAGAAGCAGGACUGA